AUGAAUCGGGAAACCAAGAUCCUCAUUGUUGGAGCAGGAGCAUUCGGGACCUCCACGGCGUAUUAUCUGGCCCAACGAGGCUACACGUCUAUCCGUGUCCUCGAUCGAUAUGCCCCACCAUCAUGCGAAGCAGCAUCCACCGAUAUCAGCAAAGUGAUAAGAAGUGACUACAACGAGCCACUGUAUGUGCGACUGGGGGUGGAAGCCAUUAAGGUCUGGGAGUCCUCGGAACUCUACCGCGGCCUUUACCAUGUCCCGGGUUGGGUCCUCAGUGCCAAAGAACGCUCUGUGCCUUUUGUCAAAGGAUCGAUCGAAACGAGUCGACGACUCGGUGUGCAAGGCAUCGAUGAAUUCUCACGAGAUCAGGUCCGCGAGCGAUUCCCCAUGAUCAACGGUCCACUCGACGACUGGAAUAUCAACGUCUGGAACCCGACAGCAGGCUGGGCUGAUUCAGGGGAAGCUCUAAGGCGUCUUGCUUUGGCAGCACAAGAGAAAGGAGUCUCAUUUAUCUCUGGUAGCAGCGGCUAUGCUCGAAGGCUGAUCAUAUCUGAAGACGGCGUCCACUGCAAUGGUGUAACGACCGAAGAUGGCACAACGCAUUACGCCGACAUUGUAGUUCUCGCCACAGGAGCCUGGACACCAUCAUUCAUCGACCUACAAGGCCAACUCAUCGCCAAAGGCCACAGCGUAGCACACAUCCAGCUCUCCCCCUCGGAGCAACAACACUUCGCAUCCAUGCCCGUCCUCGACAACCUCGAACUCGACUAUUUCUUCCCACCGGGGCCCGACGGCGUCUUCAAACUCGCACACAGCAAAUUCCUUACCAACACAACCCGCGACAGCAACAGCGGGAUCCAAACCUCCAUCCCGCACACCUUCCACGACCAUCCGGCCGACGACCUCCCACUCGAAAUCGAACAGGCGAUGCGUCGAAACCUAAGCCGCGUGCUCCCGGACCUCGCAGCCCGCCCUUUCAGCUACACGCGCCUGUGCUGGGACGCCGACACACCCGAUCGACAUUUCCUCAUCACGCCGCACCCGACCCACAAGGGCUUGUUCCUCGCGUGCGGCGGCUCCGCACACGGAUUCAAGUUUAUGCCGAUCCUGGGCAAGUAUAUUGCCGAUAUGUUGGAGGGGACAUUAGAGGAGGACAUCGCGCGUGUGUGGAGGUGGCGGCCCGGCCAGGAGGCAGGGACGAAUCUCGCGCAUUCAGAUCCUGAGGUUGAGUUGGCGUCGUUGACGGGGUGGCAAGGGGGCCGGAGGAGGAGAGAGGAGGGACAAGCAGGAGGAACAUCGUCGAAAAUAUAG